AGAAAAGUAAUCCAUAUGACUCCAGUGUUUUAAUCCAUGUCUUCUCGAGAUCCAAUUGAUUUUGGGUGAGAACAGAAUCUAAUUCAAUUUUCAACAUAAAUCUUGCCAUUGCAGUCUUUAGGCAUGACCAUGAUUUCAAGAUUGAUUAUACUUCCUAUUGCUUGUUGCAAGCAUUAGAUGGUGCUGUAGGAAGUGUAAUCGAGCUUGAAAUCAUAAUUGCCUUGGAUACUGCAGUUGUCAAGAGUUAUUUUGAUCUGUUCUCACAUGAAACCGAUUGGAUCGCUUCAGAAGACAUGGAUUAAACCUCUGGAGUCAUAUGGAUUACUUUUCUGCUGCUUUCAUGUGUUUUUUUGGAGCUUCAAAGUUUUGGUCACCAUUCACUUGCAUUUUAUGGACCUACAGAGCUAAUAUACGAUAUUCUUCUAAAAAUCUUCAUUUGUGUUCUGCAGAAGAAAGAAAUUCAUACACAUCUUGGAUGGCAGAGGGGUGGGGGACUGUCCCUUUAAAAAAUUAUAUUUUAAAAGACCAUUUUGGAUCAUCUUCCUUUGCUUUUGGCCAAACUUUGUGUCUGUGUCUAGGUUUCUUUUAUGAUGCUUAAUUCUAUGAUGGCAUUCUGAGUUCAGUUUGCAAAGAUGAUUCAAAUUAAUGUUCAUGUGUAAAACUUAUUUAUAAUUCAUGAUGAUGAUGAUGCUUGAGGUGGACAUUAUUUGUGUCAUUUCUGUCUUCCAGACAUUAUUUUUGUUCCUUUUUGUACAGCAGAGGGCGUACAAUGCUGAGACUUAAAGCGUCAUCAAUCAAAUGCUUUUCCUAACCUUCUUGAUUAAAAUCAAAACUAUUGACCUUUUUCUGCAAAAGGCUUUAUGCCAUCUUACAAGGUUUUCUUCCAUGCAAUUUGAUUCUUAAAGUAUGUCAUCUAGAUGGAGUACCAAGAAAAAUGGAAACUAUUUGUAUUGCAUUUAUUUGAAAAUAUAUAAUGCAUACUAGGCAAGAAAGCAACAUUUGCUUGGUCAGUACAUAGGGGGACUGUGUCCAGGCUUACAAUUAUGUUUAGGCACAGAUAAACAACCAUAUUCCUGCUAGCUUGGGCAGCUCAGCAUUCAGAAGUAUUAUGCUAUGAGAAGUCCCUUUUUAAAAUAUUCUUGUCAACUGUACGACUGAACACAGGAAUGACCACCAUUUACGAGCGGAAUAGUACCACGAAUCAUUCCCAACGAUGGCCAACUGCGGAAAGAUGUUUUGUCGAUAAGAUCCCGGCGAUUUGACCACGUGUGCUGUACACGUAAAGAAUUCCCUAGGCAAUUUUAGAGCGAGAACUAACCAGUUCCCUGUCACUAUUAUGAAAGACGCCGACAGUGCUUAGUUAGACAGCUCAGAAGUGAUGUCAGUACUUGCGUUUAUCACGCAUGCGCACAAUGAAAACGCGUCGCGCGGUGAUGCUAAUCGUUUGGUAAAUUGUAACAGGAGCGGGCAGCGUCAGCAUUGAAGCCCAGCACGAGCGACUCAAAACUGAGUUAUAGCGCACAUAAAACUACAGCAGUCUUAAAAGUGCUUAGUAUACAAGACGGACACAGUGCUGAAGCAUAUUCCUCUUAGAAUGAGGUUUGCUUACAGAAAACUACACACAGCGGAGGAUGGAGAAGACUCGGAGGUUUCUUCACACUUUAAAAAUCCUUUCGUGCACGAGUUAAGAUUCACUCCUUUGCAGAAACUCAAGAUAGCCGUAAUGACUGUGACACUCUUUCCUGUGCGCUUGCUGUUUGCUGCAUUCAUGAUGUUGCUGGCCUGGCCCUUUGCGUUUGUGGCCACAGUUGGCUGCUCUGAGGACGCAGUCGAGCCUCUCUGCUGGUGGAGAUGGCUGGUGGAUUUGGCCCUGAAGGCUAUCAUGAGAGCCAUGUGGUUUUCUGGAGGCUUCCAUUGGGUCUGCGUGAAAGGACGGCCAGCUCUUCCCAGUGAAGCGCCCAUCCUCACAAUGGCCCCCCACUCAUCCUACUUUGAUGCCAUACCUGUCACUAUGACAAUGGCCUCUAUAGUGAUGAAGGCAGAGAGUAAAAACAUUCCAGUCUGGGGCACUCUUGUAAAAUUCAUUCGGCCUGUGUUUGUGUCCCGCUCGGAUCAGGACUCUCGGAGGAAGACCGUUGAGGAGAUCAGACGCAGAGCUUGUUCUGCUGGCGAUUGGCCUCAGAUCAUGAUAUUCCCAGAGGGCACAUGCACCAAUAGAUCCUGUCUCAUCUCAUUUAAGCCUGGUGCAUUCAUCCCUGGAGUUCCUGUACAGCCUGUGCUGUUGCGUUAUCCCAACGAGAUGGAUACAAUCUCAUGGACAUGGCAAGGGCCUGGAGCGUUUAAGAUUCUGUGGCUCACCUUAUGCCAGCUACAUAAUUUUGUAGAAAUCGAGUAUCUUCCAACGUACACCCCAUCAGAGGAGGAGAAGAGGGACCCAGCAUUGUUUGCCAACAAUGUGAGGCGCAUCAUGGCUAAGGCACUGGGUUUGCCCAUAAUGGAUUAUUCCUUUGAGGAUUGCCAGCUUGCUAUGGCCAAAGGCCCUCUACGUUUGCCCAGACACACCUGCUUGUUGGAGUUUUCCAGACUGGUACGGCGUUUGGGACUGAAGACAGGGGUCACAGAUGAAGUCCUGUAUGAGGAGGCCACCCGGGCCAGGAAGAUGAGUGGAACCAGACUGGAUGCAGAGGGCUUUGCUCAGUACAUAAACCAACCCAUGAAUGAAGCAGUCCAGGAUAUCUUCUCACUGUUUAAGGAGCAUGGUGAGAUGGAUGUAAGAGAGUAUGUCAUCGCAUUGUCUGUGGUCUGUAGACCUUUCAGAUAUCUGGAGACCAUUAAACUGGCCUUCAGGAUGUUUGAAGCACAAGAGGACGGAGCUGUUGUAGAAGAUGAAUUGGCCGUCAUUCUGAAAACGGCUCUUGGAGUUGGAGAUGUCACUGUUAGUGAUCUUUUCAGGGCCAUAGAUUGUCAAGACAAAGGGAAGAUCACAUUUGAUGAUUUUUUCCGGUUUAUGGAGAAAUGUCCAGAUUUUGUGAAGCAGUACCACUGUCUCCAUGAGCAAGCCUCGCAUCACUCCACAGAAUCCACAUUACCCUUAGAGUCUCAGUCUUCAACUAACGGCUUCUGUGCUGACUUCAGCCCUUGUGAUACAAACACUCACUAUGCUUCACACAGCAAGAAACAGGACUGAAUGCAGCUUUUUCCCAUCACAUCUCAUCAUCCUCGGUGUGUGGGGGACUUUUUUUUGCUUGUGUGUGUGUGUGUGUGUGUGUGUGUGUGUGUACUUCUGUGUGUACAGACAAUAUAUAAAAGUUGAGUCUGAAUUUGCAUCUGGGAAUAUUACCAUGGGGAUUUUUCUAUUCAAAAUCUUCUAUUUAUAUUUUUUAUUCCCUUGAAGCUGUUUUACUUGUCUUCGGGGCUGUUCUUUUUUGACCGAUAUUAGAGAUGGAAACCAAAACUGACUGAAGUUUAAUGCUUUUGUUUUUUUUUUUGUUUUUGUUUUUGUUUUUUUUUGUUAGUUAAGAGAUUUAUUUUACCAUUUUUUUAUUUAUUUUUUUUGUUCUAUAUAAAGUGUAAUUUGGUUUAUAACACAAGUGUGUUUUUUUUUUUUUUUUUUUUUUUUCUUUUUUUAAAGUUCAAACCUGUCUUGGCUUAUGUUCUUCAGGCUGUUGAGGUACAUUUAAAGCAAACAAAAAUACAAAUAAAAUUAUGCCUGUUACUACAGAUACAGUACCAUUGUGUGCCUGAAUAGUUAAAGAGCAUUUGAGUGAACCUGAAAAUGUGUCUGGUUGGAAGCAUUCCUUUCAUGUACAUCAAUACAACAUUCUUUACAGUAGAGAUUUACCUCUUACAGACUUAUUUUAUAAUGCCUAUUGCCUAUUGUUUUAACUUAAUUUCCUACAAAUGCAUUUAAAUGAAAAUUGUUUGUUGAGAACAGAGGUGUGAUGAAAUGUGACACCUGGUAGAAAUAUUUGCAAUAUAUUUUUGAGGUGGGUUGAAGUGAUUAUAUUUCUAAACACUUUAGUCUAAAAAGAAAUGUAUAUCAUAAUGGUACCAUACAUUUCAUACCUGCAGCCUGUCUUAUUUAAAACUUACUUAAAAUCACAGGACAACAAAUCAAAUUCAGUCCAU